AAGUUAUCUCAGCAGACAGACUGAACAAUGAUAUAUUUUGAUAUAGACCUUUUCUAUUACUAAGUUCAUUCUAAGGAACUUAACAAGUACAGUCCUAUAAUAAAACUUUGCAGUUUUUUUUGUUGUUAACAUUUAGACCACAUUCAGGUUAAAUGAUUUGCUCAGGGUUGCACACUAAGACACUGAUGAGAAUUAAACCAGAAUGUAGUGGUCUGGAUCCCAAUUCUUUAUCCACAGUGUCAUACUGUUUACAAUUUAUCAAUCAGAGAAACCUCCAAUUAAGACCUAAAAUGGCAAAUUAUUAAGUUUAUUAUGCAGUCUCAUUAUGUAGCAGUUAAAAUAGAGACAAUGAGCACAUUGUUUUUCAUGUUCAUAUGUUUUACAGUAAACUUAACCACCUACACACUUAAGAAGAGGAGCUGUAACAUCCUGGGGAGUCAGGCUGCUUCAUUCAAGAGAUGGAAAGUGCAUGAUUUUUAGCUAGAGCCCUAUAGAGAAAUAGUCUGUGGCAGAAGUCUGUGGUUUUCCAGGUUUAAUGAGCAUUCUUCAGUGACUGAAGUUCUUCCUUUCAUCCAAGAGUUUUGGAUCUGAACAUCAUUUCUACCUUGCAAGGCUUUUCUCCAUACGCCAAACUGGAUUUCUUACAGAUGAAGCAGCUGAAACGGAAAAGGAAAAGCAAUUAUAGUGUCAAAGAAACACAGACGUUAAUCAGAGAAAUUAGGAAACGUAAAGAUAUACUUUUUUCCAAGCAACAGAACACUGCAAUUAAUGAGCUGAAAAGAAGGGCUUGGGAUGAGGUUGCUGAAUGUGUGAAUGCUCUUGGAGAAGGCGAGCUCCGUACUGCAGUGGAAGUGAAACGGAGAUAUCUUGACUGGCGAGCAUUGAUGAAACGAAAGCAGAUGAGGGCAGAUCUCUCCGAUAUCAAAAAUGAAUUCAAUCCUUCUUCACCAGAUAUUGAGAAUUCCCUUAGUGGUGACCAAAGUAUGGAUCUGAAUGGCUUCCCGAAGGAUUCUUCUUGUGAUUGGCAGGAUUUGGCUGAGUUUGGCGAGCCUAGCAGUCUACCUUCCUCUGGAAUCAAAGUUGAAGAUGAGCCUCAGAAUUAUAGGCUUGAAGGCGCAACAACUGGGGGAUCUGUAGAAGAAGAAGAUGAGAGCUUCCCUUCUAUCCUCCCUGAUAUUGACAGAGAAGGCAGGGUACCAGAGGUGUUUGCUCAUAUUGAUGAGUUUGGGAUUUUAAGUGCCACAAAAGCAGCAGCAAGGGAAGCCACUGCAGAUGGAACUAACAUUCUGAUUGCUUUGGAAAAGCAAAGGCUAGACCUGGAGAAGCAUCGUCUGAAUGUGGAGUCAGAAAGGCUGCAGGUAGAGAAGGAACGUCUGCAGAUUGAGAAAGAAAAGCUGCGCAGAAUCGACAUUGAACAUGAACGGUUACAGCUAGAGAAAGAGCGACUGCAGAUUGAGCGGGAGAGAUUAAGGCUGCUGAUGUUUCAGUCUGAGAGACCUGCACUAGAUUGUGAACAUGGGCAGAUAGAGAGAAAACCAUGGCAGCCUGUUGAUUUGGAGACAGAAAAACUCAAACUUGAGAAAGAACGUUUGCAGCUGGAGAAAGAGCGGCUGCAGUUUUUUAAAUUUGAGUCAGGAAGACUUCAGAUUGAAAAAGAAAGGCUUCAAGUGGAAAAAGAACGCUUACAACUACAGAAGGAUGGCCAGCAACUAGCUCUUCACCAGUAGUAAUUUUUCUUUUUUUAUUUAUGAUAACUUAGUUCCAAUCUUAGAAAUUCAAAGUGCUUUUAAUGUUUAUACUUGCGUGAGAAGUAUGAUUUUUAAAAAGUGCUAGUUAUUAUCAGAAUUUGUAUCAAAUCUUGCGUUAUCUAAUGUUCAACAUUCUUUUGUGAAGCUGUUGUGGAAUAUUUAAAUUGUUCAAUAUCCACUUCUUGGUGCAUAUAUACGUACUUUACAAACUUAUCAAUUAAGAUAUAGCCACAUAACACUUGUUGACUUUAAAAAAAAAAAAAAAUAUAUAGGAAAAUAUUACAUUUUGUGGUAUACUUCUGCAGUGUUGUGGCCCUGUUGACCACUCACAAUUCUUUUUGGGACUUUCUCAGACAUGUAGACAUUUUUGGAAUAACGGUUAGUUAAUCUCAGAAUAUACUUUUUGAUUAAAUCGGUCCAGUAUAUAAAAGUACUCUACAUUAUGCUUAUUUAAGGAUGUUCAGAGGAAAUGGUGGAAAAUUUGAAGAACAAAAUUGAAGAAUUUAUGCUUUAGGGAUAAAAUCAUUACAUCUGUGUCUUUCACUUAGUUCAUUCACAGCAAAAUGCUAAGGAGAUUCACAUAUGAUAAUUUGUAUUUGCCAUGCAGUAUAGUUGAGUAUAAGAUUACCCCAAAGUACAAUAAUUUAUUAAAUAUAGAUAUAUGGGUAUGCCUUGAAUCACACAGUUAUAUUUUCAGGAUGCUGUAACUAUUGAGGUCUGUAAAUCUUUACAAUUUUCUUACACAUUGUAAAACCUUAAGUGGUCUGUCAUGCAUUACAGCCUUUACUUACAGUAUCUUACAAAAGUUAGUACACCCCUCACAUUUUUGUAAAUAUUUUAUUACCGUAUAUCUUUUCAUGGGACAACACUAAAGAUAUGACACUUUGAUACAAUGUAAAGUAGUCAGUGUACAGCUUGUAUAACAGUGUAAAUUUGCUGCCAAUCCAAAUAACUCAAUGCAUAGCCAUUAAUGUCUAAACCGCUGGCAACAAAAGUGAGUAUACAUUGUAACAAAGUGUCAUAUCUUUAGUGUUGUCCCAUGAAAAGAUAUAAUAAAAUAUUUACAAAAAUAUGAGGGGUGUACUCACUUUUGUGAGAUACAAUACUAAUAUAAGAAUAUACAGUAACAUUAGUCAGCAAUGGCAAUGGAAACCUCCCUAAGAACUAUUUGUUUGUACUGUAGAAAACGCGUCAUUAAUAAUUCUUCAUAUGCAGUAUUCUUAUUUUUCAUUGUGUAAUGUGCCACAACAUGCCUGAAGUUUGAAACUGAACAAAGUGAAGGCAAUUUGUGUCAGCCAAAAUGAGCCAUAUCAGAGUAAGUAACCUUAGAUCUAGUAACAUCAAAUGCUUAUUUUGAAAAAGCAAAAAAAAAAUUGAUUUCAUUAUGAGGUUAUCUGAUGAGAUUACAUUAAAAGCUUAUUGAAAAUAUCAGCAACUGAUCUCUAACAAUUCAGUUAGUAGCACUCUCAAAGUUCAGGCAAGGCCCCUUGCCAAAUAAACAAAAUCUGUGCAUUAGGCAUUUUAGAGUCUUGAUAUUUUAGAAUGUGGUGAGGUGUCCUUGGUCUCUGUUUGUUCUUUUAAUGUAUAAUCCCUUUUUAACUGUAGUAUAUAUUUGUUAAACCUAAACAUAUUAAUUCAGUAAGCUUGUAAAACAAGAAUAUGUAAAGAACACAUUUAAUUGAUUUCAGAUAUAGGUACAUUAUAUGUAUUAUUUCUGGCAGACGUUGCACAUUCUGAAAGGCAGUUUCCAUUGCUAAGGUCUACUAGGGCUUUCAGUUUCUUUUUGCCCAUGCCUGACACUAGCUAGAAAUCAACUGCAGUUCGGUUUUGUCUUUGAAAUGAUAUAAAUCCAUGUAUACUGGAAUGGUCAAUGUAUUCUGGUGGAACACAGGACAAAGACAACAUGCAAUUUGUUGAUCAUGAAAAGCAUGAUGAUGGGCCAAUCCCCUUAGUCCAGUUCACAGCCCAGUUAUCAAUUCAAGAGCUUUGUAACACAAGGUAACUAAAGCCUAAUACAUUAAUUUAUGUAUCUUAUCAUUUUGACUAUUGCAUUGCUACAUGGCAUUACAAUAGAAAAUAGGGUGUAGAGAAGUACUGUAUGUAUGUAUGUUAAAAAGCCUGCAACUGUACAGUAUUCUGAUAUUUCUUGCUUGGUAUUUCCAAUCUGAAACUAAUGUUAAUUUACUUUAGUUAAUCAUUUAGAUGUGUAGUAAGAAUGUGGAUGCAGUGCAGCCUCAUUCAUGGAUUAAUGUCACUGAUGUUAGGCACAUUUACACUUUCAGUUGUAUUGAGAAACAAAUUCUGCAUCUCCCAUGGCUCGUCUUUAUCAGUUCAGCAGUUCUUUUCGGCUUCUUUUUUCCUGGUUUGUGAGAGCCCACAAUAUAGUUCAAUUGCAUAUUUUAGAAUUCAUUAGUGAGCGAACAUAGCUGCCAAUUCUUUCAAACUCACAUUGACUCCAAUUUCAUCAUCAUAAAUGAGUGACAAAAGAGUAUAUAGAACUGGUGAAAAUGCAUCGUUUACUUUUACCAUUAGCCAAAGUAUAUCUGGUUUUUUCCUUGCAACUUGUGAUGUUUAUUUUUAACACGUGUAAUGUGUUCUUUGCACUUAUGAUACACAUAUGUUUUUUGAAAACAUUUCAGAAGGUUUGUAUGUUUUAACCACAGGUUUGCUGUUGAUUGGGCCAGGUUAAGAAGACCACCAGUGCUCUGUACCAUUUAAAUUACUAAACAUACUUUGAGCUGUACAUUCAUGAGGCAUUGGAUUGGUUUAGAAGUUGCAUAGUCAGAAAUUACGUACAUGCCUGUCACUGCAAAACUGCAAAGGUUCUAAUAUUUUAAAUAAAGAGAGAAUGCAUUUACAAAAAUAUCUUAUGCCCCCAAACGUUACAACAUAUUGUCAAAGAGCAUGCAGCCUGAUAUAGCAGUUGUGCCUCUGUAUGAGUGAAUUUUGUUAGUUUCAUCAGAAAGAUCUGUGGAAUGCUACUUCAAUUAACAUAGUGCACAUCAGUAAGUGCAAUUAAUGCAAAUUAAAUAAUUAUAAAUAAGAAAAAUAGUUGUAUUGAUCUAUUUGUUUUAUUUAAUUAAAAUGUUAAUGUAAAGCAGUCAUACUAGACCUCAAUAGCCAAAUCACUGUUUUUUAUAGGUCUGGGAUGAAAUUAGCGUCAGCCUGCUUCUUAUGAUAGUAAGAUUGUUUAAACUAGGCAUUUGUUGUUGAUCUUCCUUACACAUGCUUUUCAGAUGGGAAAUUCAGUUUCUUUUAAUAAAGGAGGUGUAUACCUCAAAUUCUUUUUUUUAAGAGUUGAUGAAAUAUCCAUAU